AUUAAAAGGAUGGUGAGGGCGUGGUCAUCCGCAAUCCAACCCCAAGGAGAGAUGAAUGAUGCUCAGCUGUCAUUACACGGAGCUCUGGUUGAUAAACACUGUCUGGUAUUUCCUUGCUGACCUCUUCCCCUCACACCACAAGCCCUGAUCACUGUGGUCCACUAUGCAAAUGCAGGCUCCCUGAAUCAGGCUGUGGGUGACUCACCAACCCCUUUAAAGCCACGUUGGCUUCAAGGCAGUGACUGCUCGGGGUGGAAGCCAUGGCUCCCAGACUCUGCUUCUCCUCCUGGCUAUGGGUCUGCUGGUUGGUGGUAACUGUGGCAGAAGGACAAGAAGAGGUGGCCACCCCCCCUGGAGACUCGCAGAAUGAUGCAGACCCUACAGACUGCCAGAUCUUCACACUCACCCCGCCCCCCACCACAAGGAGCCCGGUGACAAGGAGCCAGCCCAUCCCAAGGACCCCCAGGCAUCCCUUCUAUUUUUUCCCGCCACGAAGGCCCAGAGUCUACAUUAGGUUCCCAUACAUACCUUUCUUCCCUCCGACCUGCAACCACCGUUUUCAGUUCUAUCCGUUUGUUUGGCCACACGGUCGCCUUCCUCCUCAUUACAAUUAUUUCCCCGGAAGAAGAUUCUGGAGCGGGAGCUCCUCCGAGGAAAGCUGAGAGAAGACAGAAGCCCCAAACAUGCUGAUGUAAAAGAAGCCAAGGCCUCAGAAAAGACUAGAAACAGAUUUCGGUUCCCUUUUUCCAAACGAAACCUAUUGGAUCGGAAGAUGAAGCAUCUUAAACACCACUGACUAGAAAUUGUUUUCCUUCUCAGCAGUGAACAUGUCGGUUUAUACGUUAUUUGUUUUGCAAAAGAGAAGCGACAAGGACAUUAUUCUUAUCCCCUACUUUUUAUGAUCACAGGAUAUUUAUGCAAGAAAAGUUCUAAAAAUCCAUACUGAGAUGCCAGAAGAAUCAACUGCCUCUUCCAAAUUAAAGAACAUUUAAAUAAAUUCAGAUUGUUAUAAAACAAUUGGAGACAUUACUGACACCCUUUUAUUGUCACUAGAAAACUUAUAGAGCAAGGUGUAUUUACAAAGUGAAUUUUAAAAGAAAUUAUGGAGUUCCCGUCGUGGUGUAGCAGAAA